AUGGAUAGUGGUAUAUGGACAGUGAACUCCAUUGGCCGUUUGGGAAACCAGAUGGGGGAAUAUGCCACCCUCUAUGCCUUAGCCAAGAUGAAUGGACAUCAAGCCUACAUCUGUCCCGCCAUGCACCAGUACCUGUCACCAAUAUUCCGGAUCACUUUGCCUGUGCUCCAUGCUGAAGUGGCUAAAAAGAUCCGCUGGAGGAACUUUGGUCUGCAUGACUGGAUGUCAGAGAAUUAUAAACACAUCAAAGGCAAGUACGUCCGGCUGACGGGCUACCCAUGUUCUUACACCUUUUAUCACCAUAUCCGCCAAGAGAUACUUCAGCAGUUCUCCUUCCAUGACCACAUCAAGGAAGAAGCCAAUCAUUAUCUUCAGCAGCUACGGGGGCAGCGCCAGGAGGUGACAUAUGUUGGCGUGCAUGUCCGUAGAGGGGAUUAUGUCUAUGUGAUGCCCAAGAUCUGGAAAGGUGUGGUGGCUGACAGAGGCUAUUUGGAGAAAGCCAUGAACUAUUUCAGAGAGAAGUACCCCAAUCCCAUCUUUGUGGUGACCAGCAAUGGGAUGGAGUGGUGCAAGAAAAACAUCAAUGCCUCCAGGGGGGAUGUUUAUUUUUCUGGGGAUGGGCGAGAAUCCUCUCCAGGGGGGGAUUUGGCUCUCCUUGCUCAUUGCAACCACACAAUAAUGACAAUUGGCACUUUUGGCGUCUGGGCCGGCUACCUGGCUGGUGGGGAGACCGUCUACUUGGCCAACUACACCCUCCCAGACUCUCCCUUCCUUAAGGUCUUCAAGCCCUCAGCAGCGUUUUUGCCUGAAUGGAUUGGGAUUCCAGCAGACCUUUCCCCUCUGCUGCCCAAGAAUUCUUCCCAAGUCCAGAAUCCAGAAGCUUGA